GGGCCGCUGGACCCUUGGCUCAUGUCCUCUCUGCCCUCACCGACGGCUGCCGCCGGGAAACUGAGGCUGACGGACUGUGGUCGGCAGGGGAGUCGGGUGGACCCCGGUAUUUACCGGCGAGGUGACCGCACUCCCCUCGUCGGUAAAGGUGCCCUAAUUGGUCGGACUUGGUGAAGAUUUGAAAUCGUGUGCGUAAAGCCUCUGGUUUCCGGUUCAGCCGGUGGCAGUUGUUACCAGCGCUCUGAACGCGACCCCGAGAGCGGUGACAGAGCUUUUAGACGAGGCGUUGGCUUUUCUGACGGCGAGAGGUCAGGCUCGCCGGCACGGAUACCCCGGCAUGGCCGAGAAACGCCGCCUGCACUUCCGCUGGGCCCCUGGGGUGGGGUUGGCACCCUGAAUCGACGAGCUGCUGGCCGCACUUGCAGACCAUCCCACAGUCCGGACCCAGGUGGCCAUGGCGUCCAGGCAGGCUCCCCUCUGUGGCCUGGUUCCUCACUGCCUCUGGCUCUUGGGGGUCAUCCUUCUGAUGGAUGUGUCUGCCCGGCCUGCCAACCACUCAUCUGCUCGGGAGAGAGCCGGCAACAAGGAUGAGCGUGAGAUCCUGCCCCCGGACCACCUGAAUGGAGUGAAGCUGGAGAUGGAUGGGCACCUCAACAAGGACUUCCACCAGGAGGUCUUCCUGGGGAAGGACAUGGACGGGUUUGAGGAGGAUGCAGAGCCACGGAGAAGCAGGAGGAAGCUGAUGGUCAUCUUCUCCAAGGUGGACGUGAACACUGACCGGAGGAUCAGUGCCAAGGAGAUGCAGCACUGGAUCAUGGAGAAGACAGCAGAGCAUUUCCGGGAGGCCAUCGAGGAGAGCAAGGUGCACUUCCGUGCAGUGGACCCUGACGGCGACGGCCGUGUGUCGUGGGACGAAUAUAAGGUGAAGUUUUUGGUGAGCAAAGGCCACAAUGAGCAAGAAGUUGUGGAGAAGAUAAGGAAUGGCGAGGAGCUGAAAGUCGACGAGGAGACACAGGAAGUCCUGGAGAACCUCAAGGACCGCUGGUAUCAGGCGGACAACCCCCCCUCAGACCUGCUUCUGACUGAGGACGAGUUCCUGUCAUUCCUGCACCCUGAGCACAGCCGUGGCAUGCUCAAGUUCAUGGUCAAGGAGAUUGUCCGGGACCUGGACCAGGACGGUGACAAGCGGCUCUCGCUGCCCGAGUUCAUCUCUCUGCCUGUGGGCACGGUAGAGAACCAGCAGGGCCAGGAUAUCGAUGACAGUUGGGUCAGAGACCGAAAAAAAGAGUUUGAGGAACUGAUUGACGCCAACCAUGAUGGGAUUGUGACCAUGGCGGAGCUGGAGGACUACAUGGACCCCAUGAACGAGUACAACGCCCUUAACGAGGCCAAGCAGAUGAUUGCCAUCGCCGAUGAGAACCAGAACCACCAUCUGGAGCCCGAGGAGGUCCUCAAGUACAGCGAGUUCUUCACGGGCAGCAAACUGAUGGACUAUGCCCGCAACGUGCACGAGGAGUUCUGAGCCCGCGCCUCCUGCUGCCUGCCCCACGCGCCUUGGCCGGCUGGCCCCUCCGGGAGGCCUCCCUCCCUCCCGCAGCCCCAACAGCCGUGGGUCCAGGCUUAUUACAGAUGUGCUUGAGCGGGCCCGAGUCCCGAGGUGCAGUUGCGGGCUGGCUGCCCCCCAUGCGUGGGGGUCCCACGUGACUGCUGCGUCUCACUUCUGAGAACCGGGUGCUGUUCUGCCGAAGGCACUGACCGCAUCAGGGCCCUGUGGGCUCACCACACCUGUGGGAAGUAACGCAGCUCCUGCCAUUUCCUUGAAAACUGAGAAGUGAACCAACUAUUAGAGUGUGCUCUGCUGGGAGCCCGUAGCCGGCCGCUGGGGGGUGCCUGCCACAAUGUUCAGUCUCCGAAAACACAAACACUUGUGAUGAGAAUCUCAUUAAUGUACUUUAAAAUAGAGUUGCCUUUUUCUCCUA